CGUAACUCGACCUUGCCAAUUAACCAAAACCGAGCCUGAUAUUUUUUCCCCACUUCAAAACUUUUUCCUUCUAUAAAGUCCAACACCAACCAAAGCAAGAAUCCACGUUCUAAUAGAACAAUCUCUUCUCUACUCUGUUUUUUAUUGCUUUUACUCUGUUUCUUCAAUACUCCUCAAGUUUUUUAUUGCAUUGAGGACUUUGAGGUUAAGAAAUUGAGAAUGACAAAACCGAAUGUGUUGACCCCUGACACUAAGUCAUGUAUUACCACGCUUAUUGGCGUGCCUGAAUCCAUGGCUGUGCUUGGUGGGAUUUUGGGCAUUACACAACACAAAAAUGUUGUGAAAAAGUUGGAAGGUGCUAAAGUUAGCACCUGGAUUGAUUCAAUGAGAGCUGCUUCACCAACUAGAGUCAAAUCUAAUAACUUACCCUCCUCAGAAAACCAAGAAAAAUGCUCUUGGAUUCUUUAUCAUCCUUCAGCACUGAGCAAGUUUGAUGAGAUAAAAUAUAACUCCAAAGGAAAGAAGAUUGUGGUUUUUCUUGACUAUGAUGGAACUCUCUCACCAAUUGUUGCUGAUCCUGAUAAAGCUUUCAUGACUAGACAGAUGAGAGCGACACUGAAGAACAUAGCAAAACAUUUUCCAACUGCUAUUGUGACCGGAAGAUGCAGAGACAAGGUAUUUAACUUUGUAAAAUUGGGUGAACUUUACUACGCUGCAAGCCAUGGCAUGGACAUCAUGGGACCAACAAAAAGCCGAAAUCUUGAGAAAGGUAAUGAUAAAGUAGUGUUGUUCCAACCUGCUAGUCAAUUCCUGCCACUGAUCGAUGAGGUGUACAAAAUAUUGUUAGAAAAAACAAAGUCUGUUCCAGGGGCUAAAGUAGAGAACAACAAAUUUUGCUUGUCCGUGCACUUCCGUUGUGUUGACGAAAAGAGUUGGGCAGUGUUAGCAGAGAAAGUUAGGUUGGUGCUUAAUGAGUACCCACAACUUAGGCUCACUCAAGGGAGAAAAGUGCUAGAGAUCAGACCAACUAUCAAAUGGGACAAGGGCAAAGCUCUUGAAUUCUUGUUAGAGUCGUUAGGGUACGAGAAUUCUGAUGAUGUUUUUCCAAUUUACAUCGGUGAUGAUCGAACCGAUGAGGAUGCUUUUAAGGUUUUAAGAAGAAGGGAUCAAGGAGUUGGAAUUCUUGUUUCUAGAGUACCCAAAGAAACCGAAGCUUCCUACUCUUUGCAAGAUCCAUCAGAGGUUGAGCAAUUUUUGAGGUGUUUGGUGGAGUGGGAAAGAUCCACUAUAUCGUGACUCAAAACAAGUUUGUAGAGUCGACCGUAGAAUUUAGAUGAUCGGUUCUAAGAACUGCAACUACCUUAGAAUGUCAUCGAUGAAGGGAUCGAAGCAUCCAAUUUUACAACUUUAUUGUUGAAAUGGAAAAUAGAAUUCCAUGAUUUUAUUUAUUAGUUAUGUCUGAUUUAUCAAGAGUACUACGUCGAAUAAACAAAACAAAAUUAUGGAUCAGUAUGAAAUAAUUAAAUUUUAUUCUGCAUUA